AUGCUGACAGCAUCAGGCCACACCAUGUCGGGCAUCGGGUGGACGGCGUACGGCGCUCGUGUCGGGCAAAGCCAAGGCAGCGAUCUUUAUAGUCUUGGGGAUGGAUUGUUACUCCGAGCAGCCGAGUACGCCGCGAAGUAUAAUCUGAACCACACCGUCUUUUAUGACCCCCAAUGGUACCGGUGUGAAGCAGUGCUGGUGAACGGCCCCUGGACGAACAUAUCCGAGGCCAAUCGUGGAGUCACAAACAAGAACCCCAUGUGGGACAUUUUAUUUUAUGAAUAUGUGGUAACGCGGGGAAAUGACGGGCCCUGGACCACAGCAGCAAAGGAAGCCCAAGGGUUCGCCGGUGGAGUCUCCUCCAACGACCACCCUAGUUGGGGAGAUCUGAUCUGGGCACGGUAA